AUGACGAAACCAAAAUCCAAAAAACAAGCUUUAAUUGGGAACUUUUUCAAAAGAAAAUUCGAAGAAAUUAAUGAUAAUGAGUCAAGUCCGAAUGUUGGUAAUGAUAUCCAAGCAAAUGAUGACGUUGAUGCAAGUCCGAAUGUUGAUAAUGAGAAUAUCCAAGCAAAUGACGACGUUGAUGUAAGUCCGAAUGUUGAUAAUGAUAAUCCUACAACUUCAAUUCCAACAACACGAGGUAUUAUUGAUUUGAAUGAUCUUCCUUCGGAUCCACAUGAUAGGCCACCUAUUACUAGUUAUCACCCAAAUCAAAUAGAUGACAUAAGAAGGUCAUAUCUUGUUAAAGGGGCUUUUCAACCUCGUAGUCAUAAGUUUCCCGUUAAAGACUGUUAUGGAAAAAAAAGACGUUUUGUUGUUAGUUGGUUUAAUGAUUGUAGUUGGUUAGAGUAUAGUAUCAAAGCAGACAAAGUAUAUUGUUUAUAUUGUUACUUGUUUAAAGAAGAUGUUGGUAAUCAAGGCGGAAGAGAUACAUGGUCUUCUAGUUCUAAAGGCUUUUGUGAUUGGAGUAAAAAGGGGUCAUUAAAGGAACAUGUCGGGAAUGUUGAUAGUCAUCAUUUAAAGGCGGCACAAAAAUGUCAUAAUCUCAUGAAUCAAAAGAAACAUAUGGAUGAGAAUAUGAAGAAGUUGACUAAAGAAGAAAUGAUUGCAAACUAUUAUCGAUUACUUGGUUCCGUUAUGAGUGCUAGAUUUUGUUUAGAAAACUCUUUACCCUUUCGUGGCCAUGAUGAGUCGGAAGAAUCUAAUUCUCAAGGUAUGUUUCUUUCGGUGUUAAACUUGAUUAGUACUAACCACCCGGAAAUUGGAAAGUACACAUUAGGGAACGCAAAAAAGAACAAUAAACUGACAUCGCCAAAGAUUCAAAAGGAGAUUAUUGAAUGCUUUUCAAAGGAAGUAACAAAAAGCAUUUGUGCAGAAAUUAAAGAUGAUGUGUUUGGAUUGUUGGUGAGAGGGCAAGGUUAUGAUGGUGCAAGCAACAUGCGGGGAGAAUUUAAUGGAUUAAAAGCGUUGAUUUUGAAAGAUAACCCGUCAGCACAUUACAUCCACUGUUUUGCUCAUCAACUUCAGUUGGUUAUUGUGGCUGUUGCAAAAAAACAUAGCGGUGUCAAAACUUUCUAUGAGUUCCUUUCCAUGGUCGUCACUACGGUUUCAGCUUCUUGCAAACGAAAAGAUAUGUUAAGGGAGGAAAAAAAGGCUAGAGUGGAAAAAGAAUUACUUGAAGGUGAAAUUAAAACGGGUAAAGGAUUAAACCAAGAGGUUUCCCUAGCACGACCCGGUGAUACGCGAUGGGGUUCACAUCAUAGAACCAUAAUCAGUUUGCUUAGAUUGUUUCCGGAAGUUGUGACCGUACUCCAAUAUGUUAAAGAAGAUGGAGAUUGCAGUCAACAACGAACAAAUGCAAAAGGUAUUCUAUCGUAUUUUAAAAAACUCGAGUUUGUUUUUUAUAUGCAUUUGAUGGGAGAUAUAUUAAGUUACACAAAUGCUCUUUCAAAACACCUUCAACAAAAAGGUAAAGAUUUAUUAGAAGCGGCCAACUUGAUAAAUGGUACAAAACGAGCAUUAAAUGCUUUAAGACAAAAUGGGUUUGAGCCGAUGUUGGAAAAAGUGACUUCCUUUUGUAAAAAAUAUAACAUUACAAUGUUGGACAUGUCGGAAAGUUAUGGUAACCCAAGAAACCGAAAGAAUGUCAUUACAAAUCGACAUCAUUUUGAGGUUGACAUUUUUAAUGAGGUUUUAGACAUGCAAAUUCAAGAAUUAGGAAGUCGAUUUAGUGAGGUAACAACUACUUUGAUAAAAAAUAUGUCGGGUUUAAAUCCUUCUAACGGUUUUUCUAAGUUUGAUCCAUCGAAGAUAUUGGCGUUUGCUAAGAUGUACACGGAUGAUUUUACUACACAAGAAAUAGGGACUCUUUUGGGUGAUAUUGAGUCAUUUCGUCACACAAUAAGCGAUGAUGAUAACUUUGACAACUUGAAUGGAAUAAGUGAUCUUGCGCGUCUUAUGGUUGAAACGGGAACGCAUAUUUCUUGUCCUAUAGUUUAUCGGUCGAAAAGGAUUUUCUUCGUGAAGUAA